AGAAGGCAGGAACCUCUGUCUCGCGCUUCAUCAGCGAAAUGACAUCAAUUUUAGGAAGUGGUUUUAGCGAAAGGAACAGCAGCGCUUUGACAGAAAAGGACCUGUAAAUCACAGCUGAGCCAGGGAAUAAUGUUAAAGACGAAGAUAUUAGAUCACAGCAUGCAUCUGAAGAUAUGGCGUCCACUUUCUCUGAUGUGCUGUGUAUUUGUCCAGAAAAACACAAAUUGACACAUGCAUGCACACAGAGCACAUCUUUGUUGUGUUUUCCUGAAUACUGGGCCGGCGGGGAAAGAGGACUCUCAGGUGGCAAAGCAAAGCCAGAGGAACCAAGCAGCACUUCCCAAAAGCCAAUGAGUGAAAUUUAAAGCAGAGGAGGAAUCUUCAUCGCUUUGUGUUCUCCGUCCUCACCACUAAUCCCUGUGCGAUGGACCGGCCUCUGCUGGGACGGGUGCCCAGCAGAGGCCGGGCCUGCUGCUCCUACAGCACACUGAAGGCCUGGCUGCCCAUCCUCUCCUGGCUGCCCAGGUACAAGCUGAAGUGGCUUCAGAUGGACCUCCUCGCAGGCCUCACCGUCGGGCUGACGACUGUACCGCAGGCGCUGGCUUAUGCUGAAGUAGCCGGCCUUCCUGUGCAGUACGGACUCUACUCUGCAUUCAUGGGGGGGUUCAUCUACACCCUCCUGGGGACCUCUAAGGAUGUGACACUGGGUCCCACGGCCAUCAUGUCCCUCUUGUGCUUCUCUGUGGUGAGGGGGCAGCCGCACCGAGCCGUGCUGCUCAGCCUCCUCUGUGGACUCAUCCAGGCUGUAAUGGCAUUACUGAGAUUAGGUUUCCUGCUGGACUUCAUCUCUUUCCCUGUAAUAAAAGGCUUCACUUGUGCUGCUGCGGUAACCAUUGGCUUUGGCCAGGUCAAGAAUAUUCUGGGACUCCAGGGCGUUCCCCAAGAGUUCUUCCUGGAGGUUUACUACACCUUCUACAAGAUCCCAGAGGCCAGGAUAGGUGAUGUGGUACUGGGUGUGCUGUGUCUCGCUCUGCUGGUCAUGUUGUUGUUUAUGAAGACGAGUCUGAGCUCUGACGACGCUCCCACCUACUCCAGAGUCGCCAGGAAACUAGUGUGGACUGUCGCUACCAUGCGUAACGCUCUGGUGGUCAUGGCUGCAUCCUUCGUAUCAUUUUCCUGGGAUGCUUACGGUUAUCACGUAUUUACAGUCACUGGGAAAACUUCCCCGGGGCUCCCGCAGUUCAGGCCCCCACCCACCUCAGACACCACAGCCAACGGCACCGUCGUCUCCUUUGGAGAGAUUGUAGAGGGCUUUGGAGAAGGGCUUGCUGUGAUUCCCUUCAUGGGUCUGUUGGAGAGCAUUGCUAUUGCUAAAGCUUUUGCCAGUCAGAACGACUACAGAAUUGAUGCCAACCAGGAGCUGCUGGCUAUUGGUGUGACCAACAUCAUGGGCUCCUUUGUGUCUGCCUACCCUGUCACUGGCAGCUUUGGGAGGACAGCGGUGAACUCCCAGACUGGUGUUUGCACUCCAGCUGGUGGGAUCGUCACCAGUGUGAUAGUGUUGCUUUCCCUGGCAUUCCUCAUGCCGGCCUUCUACUACAUCCCCAAAGCUUCUCUAGCUGCUGUUAUCAUCUGUGCGGUAGCUCCCAUGGUGGAUUACCGUGUCGUGGCUAAGAUGUGGAGGAUACGCAAGCUGGACCUGCUGCCUUUUGCUGUGACGUUCCUGAUGAGUUUCUGGCAGGUGCAGUACGGCAUCAUAGGAGGUGUAGCUGUAUCUGGAGCCCUGCUGCUGUACAACACAGCAAGACCCCAGAUAAAGGUGUCUGAUCACGGUGUGCUGGUGAUGGAGUUGGACAGUGGACUCAGCUUUCCUGCCACAGAGUAUCUCAGCCACAUCAUACACACUCAGGCUCUGCAGGCGUCUCCUCCGCGGUCAGUGGUCCUAGAUUGCCAUCAUGUCAGCAUCAUAGAUUACUCAGUGAUCAACGAGCUCAGGGACCUGCUGAGGCAGUUCAAGCUACGAGAAGUGCGACUGGUCUUUUCCAGAUUGCAGCCCUCUGUUCUGGAGGUCCUCCUAGCAGCUAAUCUGCAGGGCUUCAGGUAUACAGACAGUUUGGAGGCAGCACUGCAGAUGGAGUCGGGAGCCUCUUCAAUGACGGACGCAAACACUGUCCGAUCACAGACUCGAGAGGAGAUGUUUGACGGUGGACAGAAGCAAUGUAGCAACAACACUGAUCAGUGACAUUUCUGAACUGGAAUUACUGGGCUGUUAUGAAGUUGAAAAGUGAUGAAUUACCUCCAACAACUGAUUUUCUGGCUGUUAGGUGUACGCCGACUGCCAGUGGCCAAGUGAUGUCCCUCAGUGUUGCGCUGAACUUUGUAUCUGCUAAACUUGACUUUUAUGACUUUUACUAUAUAUAUAUAUAUAUAGUUUUUUACUAACAGAGAACUCCCUCUGUUUUUAGGGCUGAAAGUGAUAGGUGAGCUUCCAGAGACCAAAUCUGAAUUAACAGAAUAAGAAUAGGGACGACGGGUGUGUGAAUAAUGAACAGAUCAGAGCAAAGCUAACACAUAUGCCCCCUAUUAUUAUGAGUUGUUUUAUUUAUCUAUGUAAAAGGAAAUGUAAUGUGAUUGAUUUUUCUUAUUUUUAUGUUGGUAAAGAAAUGUUGCGAAGGCUGGGGCAAAAUGGUUUUAAUUGACUCCAUUACUUAUUAACCCAAAUCACCACAUCUAUACAAGGAUUUUUACUGAAUAAAAAGUUUACAUUUUCAUAUGUA